GCAGCCUUCCUGGGAGGAUGCAGCUUCUCCUGUUCCUGUUGGCCUUCUGUCUGCCCCCCACAGCAAAGACAGGGAAAAUCAUCGGGGGACAUGAGGCCAAGCCCCACUCCCGACCUUACAUGGCCUACCUUGAAAACCUCGAUGGGUAUUCUCUGAGGCAGUGCGGUGGCUUCCUGAUCCGAGAGGACUUCGUGAUGACAGCUGCUCACUGUUCAGGGCGCUUCAUAAAUGUCACCCUCGGUGCCCACAACAUCAAGGAACGGGAGAAGACCCAGCAGGUCAUCCCUGUGAAAAAAGCCAUCCCCCACCCAGGCUAU